AUGGACAAAUUUUUGAAACCAGACAAGUUUGAUGGUGAUCCGAAUUCUCCAACAGCUCUACAAGAAUGGAACUUCUGGCUAAAGACUUUUGAGAAUUUCAUCGAAUUUUUUGACGAAGAAGACAUCGAUGAUGAAACAAAGAUAGAACCUCCACCACUUUUUGAGUUUUUAACUAAAGACAUUAAACCUAUAAUUACUAAAUCCCGAAAGCAUUCUCUUGAAGACACUAGUUUCAUGGAGAAAGAAAUUGAGAAACUGCUAGCUGAUGGAAUUAUUGAAGAAAGCAGGUCUCCCUGGAGAGCUCAAGCAUUUGUAGUGAAGAACGAAAAUCACAAAAAGCGAAUGGCAAUGGCGAGUCCAGAAAAUGAAACUAAUGUCCGUGUGCUGAGAAACAGGGUGGUAGAGAAGGACGGAAUGUCAACUCCUUCAAAACUAGGCACGCCUUCCAAAAGAGCAACUCCCAGCAAACUGGCCGGCGAAGUCAGCGGACUCACAACCAGGACCCGCAGACGACUGUCCACUAAGCUGGCAAGUGAAGAAAUAGCUGAAUUACCUCAAUCAACCGUCGUUAUCAACAAACUACCAGAUUCGACGCCAUCUAAGAGAGGAAGAAAGAGUAUGGACGUGAGCUGUAAAUCUCCUGAAGUCGUCUCACAAGAAAAUAACGCAACCGGUAGAGAUUCUAGAAUGAAUGGAAAAGAUAAGUCGCCAAAAUCAGAAGAGAAAACGAAAGAAGACCAACCUACGAUUUCAGAAAAGAAAAAAGCAAAAGAUGACCUACCUACAAUUUUAGAAAAUGAAGACCAGUCGCAAAAAUCAGAUGAGAAAAUGAAAGACGACCAACCUGCGAUUUCAGAAAAGAAGAGAACAAAAGAUGACCUACCUACAAUUUUAGAAAAUGAAGACAGUGAAAAUUCGAUUAUCGAAAAUUCAUUCACAUUGGAAUUAAGUAUUACUGAUAAGGCGAAAAAUGACCUACAGAAGGGCCAAUUAAACAAAAGUCCGUCAGUUAUUUGCAAUCCAGACAAGAACGAUGAGGAAACCUCCGUGAAUGCUGUAUCGCCAAAUACCCUGGGCAAGGAAGUUGUUGUUGAUUCAUCACCCGCAAAAUCAAUCAGUGAUGUUGGCCUCGGUGAAUCUCUUGAUUCUGAUGAACAAUCUGAGAGAACGCCAGGGAAAGAAUGUCCUUCCAUCCAAGAAGAAGAAGAGUCUAUUAGAUCUCCUGAGCAAGAAAAAAAAUCAGUUGAGCAGGAGAAAGAAUCUAAUGAAGUUGUUGAUCAAGAAAAAGAUGAUAGUAAAUCCAGAGGUAAAAAAGAUCAAUCCAAUGAAUCUGUUGACAAUGAAGGGGAGGAGAAGAAAAUGAGCCAACUGCCCAGCCAAUCUAUUGAAUCCAAAUUGGAAGAAGAAACUGAUUUCGAUGGGUCCAACAAUGAAAUAGUUAUCUUAAAUGAAGACUCUAACAAUUCUGUUGACAAAUGUGAAGAAUCAAGUCAAAAUAUCAUCAUAGAAAAAGAACCCAUCGAAUCUAUUGAUCAAGCAAAUGAAUCUGGCUUAUCAGUUAUUCCAGAAGAAUGUAACUCAGCAGAUUCAACUUUGAACACUGAAAGCAGUGUAAUUCUUCAAAGUCCUUUGAAAGAUUGUAGAAGUAAUUCAGAAUCUGAUUCUAAUGUUGUCAGUGAAGUGGUUGUGACACUUGAAGAUAAUAUCUCGUUGGAAAACAAUGAUCCGAAAAAUAUCUGCUCAGAAGUUGAGUCAAAGGGUGAAGACUCUGAAUCAAUGAUCAACCGUUAA